UUUUGACUUUGUGGCUGUGGUAGCUAGCUAGUGACAACCGGGAAUUUCAUUUUGCUGGUGACUCCGAAACGUUAGUAGCAGAUGGCUUGCUAGCUACGGUGAACUUGUCCCAAAAAAGUUUAACUCGAUAUCAUACAAUUAGGACCCGCAAAGGUAUGUUCGACCAAAGUGGUUGUAUUGUAGUUUCAUCUGAAAGUUCUUUCAAUAACUUUUGUCACACGACUGGACGCGAUAGCUAGCUAGCCGCCCUAAGAGGUAACGUUAGUUAGCUUCAUGCCAAUGAUUGUUAUGAAGUGCAGUAAGUGGCAGUGGUGUACCUAGCUAGCUUAGUCAACAUUGUUAUAAUUUAACACCCUAUUGAACGUUGUGUCAUACACUUUCUGAUUUGAUUUGCAGUGUAUGUCUUCUUUGACCUGUAGACGUCCAACAUGAGAGCUGACAUGAUGGAGAAGAUAGUUUCGUUGUCUGGUGGAGAGAGCAUCCCUGAGCUGCAGCAGUACCUCUCAUCCCUGACUGAUGACCAGGUUACCAGUCAACACAAUUCUUCCCAACACCCGACAACACACUAUUUCAUAAUCAUGAUAAUUAUGAUAAUGUAUCUUGUAAUACACAUUAUUAAUUUGACUAUAUCUCAAUAAUGUAUUAAUUUAGACAUUGUUUUACUACUUUGUACCUAACUAGAUAUCACCUAGUCCCCAGAUCUGUUUGUGCCAUCUUGCCAACUGUCAUUGUCAUGCCAUGUCAAUCCCAUAAGAAGUUUCCAUAAGAGAGCAGAAACAGUGGCAACCAGGCUAAACUAGUUAACCCACUCUUGAAUAAUUUCUGGGGUGUUUUCUCUCCAGCUGACCACCGUGGUCACAAACAGUGCGUUGAAGGGGAAGGACAUUGGAGCCAUGGUCAAAUCCAUAUUCAAAGGUAACCAUGUGUGAUAUAAAAAACUAUUUUGACACCAUGACCCAUGCCGUUGUCAUUGUCCCAUGUUAUUUCCUUUGGAUGCCUCGGCAAUGUUGGAGUAUGGUGUCUCAAAGUGUGUGUGUUCUCUCAGGCUCUCCGCCCAGUUCCCCAGAGGGUGCGAGUCGCAGGCUGCUCCUGUACCAGCACUGCAUCCCACUGUGUGAGUCUGGAGAUCUCCAAACAGAAGUGGCAUCAGACGUCAUUGGACUGCUGAUGCUAGAGGUACAGUGAUAUUUCUUACAAAGGUUGUUUUGCGCGGGCCAUUAAUUAGGCUAUGCAGAUGUAUUUAUUCACAAACCGGUGAUUGGUUGUUUCUGCCAUUUCUUUCAUGUUUAAACUUAAGUAGUUUGAUAUUGAUUAUUAGACUCAUCUGUUCCAAUAACGCUGUCCCUGUAUGUUCUCAUCCUAGGCCCACAACCUGCCUGGCCCCUCCCUGGCACAGCUGGCGUCUCUCUUCGUUGAUGCCAUUAAGUCAGGCAAGAUGGGCAGUGGCAAAUCCCUGGAACUCUUCCCCACAGUCCUCACGGCCCUGGCUGCCACUGAGGCUCUGUCCUAUGGGAAAGGUACAAAACCAAACUCAAAACCACAAAUGCAGAAACCUGACCCUACAGAAUUGUCUAAAUCGUCUUCUGUACCCUAAUUUCAAUACCAUAAAUUGUUUUAUUUUCUACACUGAUAUAUCUACAGGUGAGCUCAGUGGUGAAGAGUACAAGAAGCAGCUCAUCAACAGCCUCUGCUCCAGCAGGUAAUAGGGGGGCAAUUCCACGGUAACGGAAUUGCGCUGAGACUCAGAUUUUUCACUUACUAUGUGUGCCAAACAAAAACCAUUGAUUUCAAAGUUGAACAAACUAUACAACUCUAUGCACAAGGACUAUUUUGAACAAUUUGACAGAAACGUUUACAAAAACACAUUUACUGGAAGAACUGUGCAGAUGCCAAGUUUGGUAUCAGAAUUUCGGUAAAAUCUCACUCUGUUUUUUAUGUGUCCACAUUUUCCAAAAACAGUUAAAUAUCUGCUCUGAAUUAAGAUUCAACAAUGUCUGCAGAGCGAAUGGGGUGUCAGCUUUGACAUGACACAAUUGACUUAGAAAAAAUCUAUUUUGGUUAUUGAACUACAGUAAGUGAAAUGGAUUUACACCUGGUAACGGAAUUGCGGUAACGAAAUUUCAUCAUGGGUCCCUAAUCUGUACUACACAGAAAUGCAAAAUUAUGGAUAUGAAUGUCAUUCUCUUCAUGGUGAUGUAUCCUAAAUAGGUACAGAAAUGUAUAAAUAUGCAAUAUCCUCCUUUGCAUAUUUGGAUAUUAUUAUACACACUGGCUAUUAUUUUAAUGAGCUUUGCCCCCAAACAAGACGAAAUUUGGUUGGUCCAGACCAAAUCUGAACCAAUCAUAGAUGUCUAUGUUUCACAAGUUUGGACAUCAAAGUUCAGUUGAGUACAGUACAUUAUAUAUAGUGUACUCAACUAUAGUGUGCUCUACUGUGUACUAUACUGAACUCUACUGUACUGAACUAUAGUCUACUUUUCUUUACUGUACUCUACUGUGCUGUUCAAACUUGUGAACCCAACUGUGGUUUGUCGCUACUAUGAUUUCCCAUUGUAGCCAAUUCAAUUGCAGAAAAAUUACCGAUUUGGUAACGGAAUUUCGCAUUUUAAUCACUUAAUAAUUAAUAAACAAAAUUGAUAUCAGUAAAAACACUAAUUGAUAGGUUUACCUUCUCUCAUGAGGAAGAGAAAUUAGAAAAUAUCUUUGAUAAGUGGGUUUUUGUUACCGGAAUUAAGGCACAAGGCAAUGUUUCUUAAACUUACAGAAGGCAGAAACAUUUAUCCAAAGUUAAAUAUGUGUUGAUAUUAGUUGGCAGUGGUCUUUACUUCAACAUUAUUGUGUUUUGAUGUAUUUUUAAUACUUGUUAAGACUUAAUUUUUUUCUGGUAGAUGUUUUUCUAAGACCCAUUUUCCAUCUGUUUGAGCAGAAAUCAAAGCCUUUGCUUAUUCCAAAUUUCUAGGAUGGAAAAUGGUUGAAAAAUGUGUAUGUGCAGUAUAUCCCAAACUCUGUCCUCGGGACACCAAGGGGUACACAUUUUGGUUUUUGCCCUAACACUACACAGCUGGUUCAAAUGAUCAAAGCUUUAUGUAUUUAGAUUCUCACGAUUCUAUAAAUAUUGCGUUUCAAUACUGCAAUUUUAUUUUGAUUAAUUGUUCCAAACAUAUUGCUCACCAUAUGUCUGCUGCAGAAGGACAAGAGGGAGCUUUGAGAACACGAGUUUUGAUCAGUCAUUGAAAUAAGUGCUGGAAACAAAUUAUCUCACUAUUUAAAAAGAUGGAGAGCAAGCUAUGCAGGUACAGCUGACUAGCGCAAAAAUAAUAUUGCGAUUUAUCGUCAAAUUAUAUCCCGAUAUGUACCUCGAUUUUUUUAAAACAAUGUUCCUGUCACUAGCAGGUAAGGUCCUGGGUUACAAUGGAAAUGACAUUUAGUCAGCUCCCUCAUGAGAUUGAGUGACACUCUUCUUCUAAGGGUUAUCAUACACACUGUUAAUUCAGAUCCUGACACCAGUCUUAUAAUGGCUUGUGAUUAAGGUGCUGUUAUAAUAGUCUCAUAUCAGAGCACUGUUAAGAGGGAUAUAUUUCAUGUAAGGAUAUUUGAUGUAAACAGUUGGAUGUACUUCAGGGAGACAUGUUUGCUCACUGAUAUGGCACACAGAGCUUGUGGUCAAUGCUAGACAAGUAUUUGUUCUGUGUUUACAGAUGGGACCCACAGUGUGUGAUCCACUUGACCACUAUGUUCAGGUAAACCUGAAAGACUUGAGCUUCACUUGGUUUCAAUAUUCAAUUCAAAAUGUUUGUUAGUUGAUGAGUGCAUUGGCACACAGUUAAUGAGUGCAUCUACACCCCGCCUUAAACAAUCCUCUCCAGGGAUGUGCCCUUGGCCCCAGAGGAGCUGCAGUUCCUUGUCGAGAAGGUCCUGAGGAUGUUCCUCAAACUAGACCUGCAGGAGAUCCCACCUUUGGUCUACCAGCUCCUGCUGCUGGCUGCUAAGGUGUGUGUGUGUCUGUUUGUAUGCACAAUAUGUAUAUGUACAAUGUCCUAUAUGUUUCCACAUAGCUUGCUGAAUUAACAACCUCUUGUGUUUAUGUUGUCUACCAGGGCUGUAAGAAACAGGUCCUGGAAGGAAUCAUCAGCUACUUUAAAGAGCAGGAUCUUCGCCAGAAAGAGGAACAGAAAGAUGGAGAGUGAGUGAGCAUUAUGACACACCAAUAAACCACAAUGUCUAAUUCAAUGACAAGCUAUGUGUGAACUGCCUUGAUGAGAAGACUACGAUCUCUCACUCUCUCACUCACUCUCACUCACUCACUCACUCACUUACUCACUCACACAGGAGUAUGGACGUGGAGGUUCAGUCCAUUCCUCAGGACCAGCUGAGGCAUGUGGAGGGCACAGCCAUCCUGCACAUCGUUUUUGCCAUGCGGCUCGACCAUGAACUGGGGAGGGAGUUCCUGAAAAGCCUUAAGGUCCCAGAUACACUCUCACCCACCCCUUAAAUAGAAUGACAGUAAUGAUAAAGAAGGGGUGUUUUUGAACUAUGGCAUCAUUGGUGUGCUGUUCAUACUGCUUUUGGAGUGAGGCUUUAAAUUGUGUAUAAAUUGAAAAUUGUUAUUAUCCAGAUAUUCAAGCAUUCAGUCACCUGUAUGUAUGAUGAAUAAUGUUCAGUAUGGUGCUCAGACAGUAUUGACUGUGUGUGUGUGUGUUUGGUCUCUGUCCUCUGCAGGGGUCCCAGGGGGAGCUCUGUCCGUUCAGCAUCGCUCUGCUGCUCUCGGUGGCCAGGAUCCAACGCUACGAGGAGCAGGUAGGAACCCAGACAACCUCCAAUCACAAAAAUAAAGAAAAUGAUCUUUCUCAAUUUGUCUUUCCUAUGUUCCUCGCGUCCUCUCUUUGCCUGCUUCUCAAAAUGCAUUGGAGUAGAAGAUUAGAGGGGAAGGAGCUUGGAACUACUUCUCCAAUGAAGAGACUGUACGCAAGGAAUCAUGGAAAAACCAUUAGGGAAAGAGCCUCUCUCACCCUCCCUUCUCUCCAAACCCUCCCUGUCCUACCCUCUCCCUUCCCCCUCCCUCCCUGGUGGUGUAGUUGUUUGAUUUCUUGAAGGGAGCGAUCACUAAGUGCUUCAAGGAUGAGCAGCUGCAGCAGGGCUCCAAGUUCCUGCAGGACCUGCUGCCUCAGCGCUGCAGCCUUGCUCAGAUGAUCCUCGACACUGUCAAGAACAGGUCAGGACUCAUAUUCAAAAAGCCGUUUGGAGUAGGAGUGCUGAUCUAGCGUCAGGUCCUCCCUGUCUAUAUAAUCUUAUUCAUUAUGAUUUAAAAGAGAAAAGUGAUACUAGAUCAGCACUCUUACUCCAGCAUCACCUCAGGGGGAUUACGUGUGUUUGUCUACAGACACGUUCAGAUACUAGUGUGGUAACUAAGGGCACUAUCUCCGACCUCUGACCCAUGCAGUGUGUUUGGCUGGGACCAUGUGACCCAGGGGCUGGUCCAACUGGGCUUCAUCCUCAUGGACGCCUUUGGCCCCAAGGCGGGGCCGUUCGGGAAGACUACAACUGAGGGGGCCAACGCCACAGCCAAGACCCCCACACAGCAGGCCUGUCGGCUGGGGGGACAGGUCCUGUUGGAGGGCUUCAAGGUACGGUGGCUAUGGCCUCAUCCUCUGGAUCAUUUAAUGUAGACUGAUGAUGAUUAAUGAAUAGAUUAUAUAAGGUACAGGAUCUGAAGUGACAGCCACAUGCUAGUGUCAUUAUACUGAUUAUGAUCAAUUUGUUAGUUCUCAGUUGAAGCACUAUGUCUGAUUUUGGAUGAUUCUGAUCCCCAGUUGCCUUUCAAAGAGCUGAUUUUAUUAUGACUGACCUGGUUAAACCAGACUGAAUAUUACGCUUAGUGAAACAAUGGUGAGCGCAGAAUUCAGUCUGGUUUAACCAGGCUAUAAUAUUACAGUGCUGUAACAGGCAAUGAUAUCUCCUGUUCAUCUGAUAUUUCAACCACUUUCUUUGGUUUAUUUGAACAGACGCAUGAGCCAAUCAGGGGUGAGAUUCUGGAGCAAGUCCUGAACCGAUUGGUCACAAAAACAGCCUCCCCUGUCACUCAUUUCAUAGGUAAAUAUACUUAUCUUGUUCUCCUUGCGCUCUGAUGGGCUAGGUGUAUUUCUUUUGUUGCUAUUUUGCAUACACAUGUCCAAUCCUCUCAGAUUUCCACGCGUCCAGACGGUUGGGGCUAGGGACUGUUUCUGGAUGUUGUCUGAUUUCUCUCUCUCAUCUACAUCAUCAGAUCUCCUCUCUGACAUUGUGGUCUCGGCUCCCAUGAUCCUCCUGGAAUCAUCGUCCAAGGUGACAGAGACGUUUGACCACCUGUCCUACCUGCCACUGGCCACCGUGCAGGGGCUACUCAAGGCUGUCCAGGUAACACACACACACACACACACACACACACACACCAGUGUAGGGGCUGCUUGUGUGAUCUCUCUCUCUGUGGUGUCCCUAGCCCCUGCUGAAGGUCAGUAUGUCCAUGAAGGAUGCUCUGAUUCUCGUUCUGAGGAAGGCCAUGUUCUCCAGGUAAGUUCUCCCUCCCUCUGGCCUAACCAGACAUAGCUCUGAUCAGAGAUGGGGUCGUAUGUAUCAAGCGUCUCAGAGUAGGAGUACUAAUCUAAGAUCAGGUCACCCCUGUCAAUGUUGUCUUAUUCAUUGUGAUGUAAAAAAACAAACUGAUCCUAAAUCAGCAAUCCUACUCUGAGACACUUGAUUCAUAUGGCCCCUGGGCUCAUAUUCAAUUAAUCUUUCCUUCCAUGUGACCCCUGCAGCCAGUUGGAUGGGAGGAAGUCUGCGGUGACGGGCUUCCUGCUGCUGCUGAAGAACUUCCGGGUCCUGGGUAGCAUGGCCUCCAGCCAAGCCAGCCAGGCCAUCUCCUCCAGCCAGGUGGAGUGUGUGUGUGUGUGUGUGUGUGUGUGUGUGUGUGUGUGUGUGUGUCUCGGUCUGUCUGAUAUCAGUGUCUUUAUAUCACUACCACCACUCACAGUGACUGAGUGCACACUGAGUGUACCCCUGCACUUUCAUUUAUGUAUUCAAGCCGUUAUGAGGGAAUUUCUAUGGGUCCAUUCAUCUGUGACGUGUCCUGUCCUGUGCCCAGGUCCAGGUGGAUGUCCACUCCCGCUACAACUCUGCUGCCAACGAGGCCUUCUGCCUGGAGAUCCUCAGCAGCCUGCGCCGAUGUCUGGGCCAGCAGGCCGACGUACGACUCAUGCUCUACGAGGUCGGAACCCCCACACCACAAUGUCUAACCUGGUCCCAGAUCUGUUUGUACCAAUGACCAUCACAAGACAGUGACCAUAGGUGUUAACAAAAUGGCACAAAAAGAUUUGGGACCAGGCUACACAAAGUCAGCUUUGGCUGAUAAGUGUUAUAAGACUGAAUGUACAGUACAUACACUAUAUAUACAAAGUAUGUGGACACCCCUUCAAAUUAGUGGAUUCGGCUAUUUCAGCCGCACCCGUUGCUGACAGGUGUAUAAAAUCGACAGCCAUGCAAUCUCCAUAGACAAACAUUGGUAGUAGAAUUGCCUUACUGAAGAGCUCAGUGACUUUCAAUGUGGCACCAUCAUAGGAUGCCACCUUUCCAACUAGUCAGUUCGUCAAAUCGUCUGUCCUCGGUUGCAACAUUCACUACCGAGUUCCAAACUACCUCUGGAAGAAACUUCAGCAACUGUUCGUCGGGAGCUUCAUGAAAUGGGUUUCCAUGGCCGAGCAGCCGCGCACAAGCCUAAGAUCACCAUGCGCAAUGCCAAGCAUCGGCUGGAGUGGUGUAAAGCUCGCCGCCAUUGGACUCUGGAGCAGUGGAAAUGCGUUCUCUGGGUCUGAACCCUGCCCUGUGCAACUGGGUCCUGGACUUCCUGAUGGGCCGCCCCCAGGUGGUGAAGGUAGGAAACAACAUCUCCACUUCACUGAUCCUCAACACUGGGGCCCCACAAGGGUGCGUGCUCAGCCCCCUCCUGUACUCCCUGUUCACCCAUGACUGCGUGGCCAAGCAAUUGAGAGCAUCCUGUCGAGCUGUAUCACCGCCUGGUACGACAACUGCACCGCCCGCAACCGCAGGGCUCUCCAGAGGGUGGUGCGGUCUGCCGAACGCAUUACCAGGGGCAAACUACCCGCCCCCCAGGACACCUACAGCACCCGUCACAGGAAGGCCAAAAAGAUCAUCAAGGACAUCAACCACCUGAGCCACUGCCUGUUCACCCCGCUAUCAUCAUGAAGGCGAGGUCAGUACAGGUGUAUCAAAGCUGGGACCGAGAGAAUGAAAAACAGCUUCUAUCUCAAGGCCAUCAGGCUUUUAAAUUGCCAUCACUAGCACACUAGAGGCUGCUGCUGCCUAUUGAAAUCACUGGCCACUUUAAGAAAUGGAACACUAGUGACUUUAAUAAUGUUUACAUAUCUUGCAUUACUCAUCUCAUAUGUAUAUACUGUAUUCUAUAAUAUUCUACUGUAUCUUAGUCCAUGCCGCUCUGUCAUUGCUUGUCCAUAUAUGUAUAUAUUCUUAAAUUCCAUUCCUUACUUAGAUUUGUGAGUAUUGGGUAUAUGUUGUGAAAUUGUUAGAUAUUACUUGUUAGAUAUUACUGCACUGUCGGAGCUAGAAGCACAAGCAUUUCGCUACACCCGCAAUAACAUCUGCUAAACACGUCUAUGUGACAAAUAAAUAACAUUUGAUUUGAUGAAUCACGCUUCACCAUCUGACAGUCUAACAGACGAAUAUGGAUUUGGCGGAUGCCAGGAGAACGCUACCUGCCCGAAUGUCAUUUUAGAGAAUUUGGCAGUACAUCCAACCAGCCUCACAACUGCAGACCAUGUGUAACUAAGCCAUCCCAGGGCCUCCACAUCUGUCUUUUUCACUUGUGGGAUCAUCUGAGCAGGGGGAGGGGGAGGGUGCUGAUGAGUAUUUCUGUCUGUAAUAAAGCACUUUUGUGGGAAAAAACAUUCUGAUUGGCUGGGCCUGGCUCCCCAGUGGGUGGAUCUGGCUCCCAAGUGGGUGGGCCUAUGCCCUCCCAGGCCCACCCAUGGCUGCACCCCUGCCCAUUCAUGUCAAAUCUAUAGAUUAGGUCCUAAUUUAUUUAUUUAAAUUGACUGAUUUCCUUCUUUGAACUGUAACUCAGUAAAAUCUUUGAAGUUGUUGCAUUUGAAAGUUUCCAGUAUAUCUUCUAACACAAGGUUGUCAUGUGUGCCUUAUUUGUAGGGUUUCCAUGAUGUCCUCCGCCGCAACUCUCAACUAGCAAGCUCCAUCAUGCAGACCUUGCACUCACAGGUGUGUGUGUGUGUGAGCGAGCGAGCUCUUCUGGUGUAAUUACAUGCUGUGUAUUGCAUUGUGAUUUGACAUGUGUGUUCUGUCUAGCUGAGGCGGUACUAUGAGCCAGAGCAGGACCUUCUGCCCCCAGUGAAGCUGGAGUUAUGCAUUGGUGCUCAAGGAGACCAAGUCUUCCUCCAGGAGCCUCUGGUAUUCACUUUUACUUAUUAUGUCACGUGUGUGUGCGUGCGUGCAGAAGUGGCCCAACUAGUGGGCUGCACAGUCCACUCUACUGCAUACUGCUACUCUCUCCCUUGUCUGGCAUGCUUGUGUGUGGUGUACGUCCACAAGAACAUCAAGACAUGGAUGCUUCCUAUUCCUCUCAGGCCCACCUGUUGAGUUGCACAGUCCACUGCCUGCUCUGGUACCAGGACAUGCGCCAGUCAGCCCGGCCCAACGCAGGCGGGAGCGAAGAUGAUGAUGAUGAUGAAGAGGAGGUUGGAUUUCAGGCCGAGCUGCAGAGCAUCCUGGAGAGCAUCACAUGCCGGAUGAUCAAGUGUGAAUUGGAGGACUUUGAGCUGGUGCGUAUCAGAGUAGUGACUUUCAUAGAACAGUGUGUGUAGUAUUAUUCCAGGAACACAUUACAGGGGUCAUAUAGACUGGUUGGUUGCAACAAAACCGAUGCGUGGGCAACAUGUUGACAACAUGUAAACUAUAUUUUGUCUCCAAAUGUUUAUUGAAAACAUACAUUUGCACGAUGAGUACUUGUUGUCUCAAAUACAUCAUUACAGAUGUUGGUUAACUAGCUAGCGAAUUUUGCCAUAUUAGCAUUAAAAAUGACAUGAGUCAAACACCUCAAAACAAGACAUGGAAUCAGUAACAAGAUACAACGAGCUGAAACGAGCCACCUACGAUUUCCCAUGGUAGCUUCUUGUCAUUGUUGCUAGCUAUCUGACCGUUCAGAAUCAUAACACCACAAGGCCUUUUGCCUCAUCGAUGCACGCGGUGAUCUGAACUUGUUUGAACUUUGUGAAGAUCACAACAGAGUGGUGUGCGUUGUUGCAAUUAUUGGCAUAACUUGAUGCAGUCCCUAGGUACGAGACAAAGCCGCAGAACCUCAAAUGUAUUAUUGCGUUUAUAAAAGGGUUUAAAUUGAAAGCAAGAAUUAUGACCCCAAUUAUUAUUAUUUUUAAGCCCUUUUCAUACCAGAACGUGUAGUUUCACCCCUUCCACCAGGAAAGCUAAUUCUUGAUGCAGUAAUCAUUGCUAGGCAACACAAUAAAUUAAAUCACUAGCCAGCUGCCAGCGGAUUGAUAUCAUAAAUUGAUUAGGUCAUUUAUCAAUUACACGUGGCUGGAACAAACCUUUGGACUAACAGAUUACGUGGACGGAUCUGUAGGGUACAAUAGGGUCAUAUUGAUACAAGGUUUGAUACAAGGUAAAAAACAACAACAAAUAGUUACUGUUGGGAGAUGUCACUGUAAGGGCCUUGUCCCGUAGAUGGAGGAGAUGAUCUUUAAAUAUUAUCUAAUAAAUUAUCUUAUAUACAGUGCAUUUGGAAAGUAUUCAGACCCCUUGACUUUUUCCACAUUUUGUUACGUUACAGCCUUAUUCUAAAAUUGAUUAAAUUGUUUUUUCCCCCUCAUCAAUCUACACACACUAUCCCAUAAUGACAAAGCAAAAACAGGUUUAGACAUUUUAGCAAAUGUAUUAAACAUAAACUGAAAUAUCACAUUUACAUAAUUAUUCAGACCCUUUACUCAGUACUUUGUUGAAGCACCUUUGGCAGAGAUUACAGCCUAGAGUCUUCUUGGGUAUGACGCUACAACAGGGUUCUUCAAUUCCGGUCCUGGAGGGCCGAAACACCUCUGUUUUUCAUCCUCUCCUUCUAAUCAGGGGCUAAUUCAGACCUGGGACACCAGGUGAGUGUUUCGGCCCUCCAGGACUGGAAUUGAAGAACCCUGCGCUACAAGCUUGGCACACCUGUAUUUGGGGAGUUUCUCCAAUUCUUCUCUGCAGAUCCUCUCAAGCUCUGUCAGGUUGGAUGGGGUGCGUCGCUGCACAGCGAUUUUCAGGUCUCUCCAGAGAUGUUAGAUCGGGUUCAAGUCCAGGCUCUGGCUGGGCCACUCAAGGACAUUCAGAGACUUGUCCCGAAGCCACUCCUGCAUUGUCUUGGAUGUGUGCUUAGGGUCGUUGUCCUGUUGGAAGGUGAACCUUCGCCCCAGUCUGAGGUCCUGAGCGCUCUGGAGCAGGUUUUCAUCAAGGAACUCUCUGUACUUUGCUCUGUUCAUCUUUCCCUCGAUCCUGACUAGUCUCCCAGUCCCUGCCGCUGAAAAACAUCCCCACAGCAUGAUGCUGCCACCACCAUGCUUGACAGUAGGGAUGGUGCCAGGUUUCUUCCAGACGUGAUGCUUGGCAUUCAGGCCAAAGAGUUCAAUCUUGGUUUCAUCAGACCAGAGAAACGUGUUUCUCAUGGUCUGAGAGUCCUUUAGGUGCCUUUUGGCAAACUCCAAGCGGGCUGUCAUGUGCCUUUUACUGAGGAGUGGCUUCCGUCUGGCCACUCUACCAUAAAGGCCUGAUUGGUGGAGUGCUGCAGAGAUGGUUGUCCUUCUGGAAGGUUCUCCCAUCUCCACAGAGGAACUCUGAAGCUCUGUCAGAGUGACCAUUGGGUUCUUGGUCAUCUCUCUGACCAAGGCCCUUCUCCCCCGAUUGUUCAGUUUGGCUGGGCGGCCAGCUCUAGGAAGAGUCUUGGUGGUUCCAAACUUCAUCCAUUUAAGAGUGAUGGAGGCCACCGUGUUCUUGGGGACCUUCAAUGCUGCAGAAAUGUUUUGGUACCCUUCCCCAGAUCUGUGCCUCGACACAAUCCUGUCUCUGAGCUCUACGGACAGUUCCUUCGACCUCAUGGCUUUUGCACUGUCAACUGUGGGACCUUCUAUAGACAGGUAUGUGCCUUUCCAAAUCAUCUCCAAUUGAAUUUACCACAGGUGGACACCAAUCAAGUUGUGGAAACAUCUCAAGGAUGAUCAAUGGAAACAGGAUGCACCUGAGCUCAAUUUCGAGUCUCAUAGCAAAGGGUCUGAAUACUUACGUAAAUAAGGUAUUUCUGUUUUUUAUUUGUAAUACAUUUGCAAAAAUGUCUAAACCUGUUUUUGCUUUGUCAUUAUGUGGUAUUCUUUGUAGAUUGAGGGGGAAAAAAUAAUUUAAUCAAUUUUAGAAUAAGGCUGUAACGUAACAAAAAUGUGGAAAAAGUAAAGGGGUCUGAAUACUUUCCGAAUGCACUGUAUAGUUAUAAACUGCAUGCAAUCUGAUGAUUGGUCAACUUGUGUUCCAACUGGUCAACUUGUGACUAUCAUUUACGGUAACACCACGUCUACCUCUUUACUUUCACACAUAAAAGGUAUCAGACGGCCUUCAUAAUUGCACUAGGAGCGGUGCAAAUAUACAUUUGCAGAGAAACUAUUCACAAAAAUAUUGAGAAAAAUACAGUUACUGACAAAAUAAAGGAAACACCAACAUGAGUGUUAAUAGGGCGUUGGGGCACCACGAGCCGCCAGGGAUCUACACUGACCUAUUUUACAAGGAGCAUGUGUGCGCCUAAGUUGAAAAAUGUAGACGCACACAAAGAACUUUAGGAGCACAAUGAAAAACAGCUAAAAUUCUGCAUUUGUCUUGGCUCCUACAUUUAAAUUCCAGGUCACACAGCAAAAUAUUUAGGCGCAUAUGCUAGUAGAGCCCUGUAGAGCCCUGAGAUCCGCAUAUUAUAUUACAGCAGGUCGCAUACAGAAAUGCAUUUUCAGCAAACAGGUCUUCCUCAGGCAGCAAGUCCUGUUUGGUCCACAUGUGUCGCAGUAUGUAAUCUGUAUCAUACAAGCCAUUUUGUCUUUUUUGGGAGUCUACCUGCCAUUCAGGGGCCUUUUUUCAACCUUCUCUCUCAAAUAAACAUUUAUCAUAUGUAGUUAUGGUUCAUUUAUCAUAAGGAGUACUGUAGUCAUAUUUAAGGUUGGGGUUAGUGGUAGUGUAAUCUGUAGAAAAGGUCAACUCUAAGAAAAUCUUACAAGGGGAGAGGAGGGGAAUGCUUCUACUUUGAGUGGUAGGAUGAACAGCAGUAGAGUAUUUUAUUAGGGGUGCUGACAGCGACGCUGCAAGCAAGCAAACCUAUUAUUUCUGAUGGAAUUCUUUCUCUCGCACUUUCGCACUUGUCUCAAUGCCCGAUUGGUUAAAAAAAAGUAUACUUUGGCAAUAUCAGAAGUAUAUCAGCACCACUACUCUCAGACACCAAAAACGGCACCAAUUGGCCCAUAGGUGGCGCUGUAAUAAGCAUUCAAAGUGGAAGGCUCAGCCCCUUGGCCCCAUUUGACGUACAACCAUGAAACUUGGUAUAUCAUUUUCUUAUCAUAAGGAACACAUUUUCCUCAAGGACCCGUAAGGUCCGCCAUUUUAGAUUUUUCGCCAUAUUGGAUUUUUCAUCAAAUCGUUAAAAGUCUUAUGAAACGUACAUCCAAUGGACUGUUAAUUGUCUUUAUCUAGUACGUUCGAGAAAAGCUAAGCAAUUCGUCAAAAUAUGAGAGAAAAUUGCAUCUUUGUAAAAAACAAAAUGGUGUCCUCAAUUAAACCCUAAUAACUUAACUUCUUUUCGCUCUAUCAACUUGAAACUUGAAUUGUACAUAUACACGAGGGAUGAUGUAUAAUGGUUCCUUUCAGCCUGCUCAUAAGACAGCACCCCUUUCAUUGCUGCUUGCAGCUCUAUUUAUUUGUAUUGUUAUUUAACCUUUAUCCAUACAGGUAAGUCAGUUAAGAAAAAAAUAGCAUUUACAAUGACGGCCUUUUCAGUGACUGAAUUGAUGUCAUCUCUGUGCGACCCCCCCCCCCGCCAGGAUAAGUCAGCUGAGUUCUCCCUGGCGUCCAGUGUGGGGGUGAAGAACAGCAUCUACGCCGUGCUGGUGAUGGGAGUGUACGAGGUGCUCAUCGAAUACAACUUCACCAAGGCCAACUACAGGUAACCUGAAGAAGACUGGCUCACUGGAUCUGUGGGAGAAGCUACUGUAUUAGUGUUUUUAAUAAUUAACUUGUGUGUUCAAAUGCUUAAAUCAAUGUUUAGAUAUUAGGAAAGUAUUUUCAGGAUGCUCUGUCCCUGGUACUGCGUGAAGUAAAGGAGUGGGAAACAUGCUGAAUAUGAUUUUUAUUUUAUUUCAAUGUGUCAAGCGACAAAGCUCUCAACUCUUGACUAAACUUAUGUUUUACCAAGAGGAUGUGUAGAACUGGGAUGGAUAAUAUGCUACAUUGUGAGACAGUGAGUGAAUUUGUCCUUAAUAUGACACUGUGUGUGUUGCAGUAAGAGUAUUUUCGAGGAGCUCCUGGAGCUGUUUAGUCGCUACAACAAGCUGUCUGAGAUCCUGAAGGAGAAGUCUGGAAAGGGCAAGAGCAGCAAGAGCCCUCGCAGCCUGCUGUCUAUGGGCUUUGUGUCCACACUGCUCACUGCACUCUUCAGGUGUGUGUAUGGGGGAAUGUAUUUCCUGUCAAGGCUGCAUACACAAGUGCCACAUUUUAGUUCAAAGUCAUACAGUACCUGUGUGUUUUGUGGCCUGUCUUGCACCUGAAAGCAUGUGUGUGUUCUUCCAGAGACAGCGCUCAGAGCAGAGAGGAGGCUCUGUCGGUGCUGCGCUCCAGUGGGGACUUCCUGCGUUACACUGUGAGCGUGGCUCUGCAAAAGAUCACACAGUUGGAGGAAACUGGACACACGGACGGCCCCGACGGACAAAACACAGACAAGACCUUCCAUCACCUCUGUGACAUCACCAGGUUAGAUUCUCUGUGACAUCACCAGGUUAGAUUCUCUCUGUGACAUCACCAGGUCAGAUUCUAUCUGAGAGAUCAGCAGGUUAUAUUCUCUGUUACACCACCUAGUAAGAUUCUCUAUGUCAUUGCUUGGUUAGAUUCUCUAUGACAUUGCUUGGUUAGAUUCUCUAUGACAUCACCUAGUUAGAUUCUCUGUGACAUCACCAGGUUAGAUUCUCUCUGUGACAUCACCAGGUCAGAUUCUAUUUGAGAGAUCAGCAGGUCAUAUUCUCUGUGAUACCACCUAGUAAGAUUCUCUAUGACAUCACCUGGUUAGAUUCUCUGUGACAUCACCAGGUUAGAUUCUCUCUGUGACAUCACCAGGUCAGAUUCUAUUUGAGAGAUCAGCAGGUUAUAUUCUCUGUGACACCACCUAGUAAGAUUAUCUAUGUCAUCGCUUAGUUAGAUGCUCUAUGACAUCACCUGGUUAGAUUCUCUAUGAUAUCACCUGGUCAGAAUAUCUCUUGCAUCACCUGGUCAGAUUCUCUCUGUGACAUCACCAGGUCAGAUUCUAUUUGAGAGAUCAGCAGGUCAUAUUCUCUGUGACACCACCUAGUAAGAUUCUCUAUGUCAUCGCUUGGUUAGAUUCUCUAUGACAUCACCUGGUUAGAUUCUCUAUGACAUCACCUGGUCAGAAUAUCUCUUGCAUCACCUGGUCAGAUUCUCUGUGACCUCAACUGGUUUAUCCCCCCGCCCCCCAGUGUCUUGAUGUGGCGGUACACCAACAUCCCGUGUGCAGUGGAGGAUGCUGGGAAGAAGGAGAAGCGUUGCAGUGUGUCCCUGCUGUGUCUGGAGGGCCUGCUGAGGAUCUUCAGCACCGGGCUGCAGCGCUACCCAGCCAGGGUGGCCCAGCUCCUUUCUGCCGUUGGUGGGACAAACACACACACACACUGCUCUCAUUCUCAAUGCGUCACACCAGAGGUCUUCUGUAAAGCUAAAAUCCUGAAAUUAGAUACUUUAAAGUGAUAUCAAUGCAAAACCACAGUGGAUAUCCCAUUUGAGAUACAGAAUCUAUUUUAUAAGGGAGAGCUGGCCAAGAAGAUGGCUCCAGUUUAAAAACACAUGAUCAUACAUUCAGAACAGGUUCAAUGAAACAACUUAGAGACCACAAAACUAAAAUCCCCAAACAGCUCUCAUUCACAAUGUAUUCACAACAGGGAGUUUCCUUAAGGGCCAAGGCCACACUUUGAACUACCACACAGAACUGUUCAUUCAUACUCGUCAGUUGUAUGAAUGAAAUAAGUUAUUGUGAAUGGCUUCCUCGCCAAAGUCGGUUCCUGUAGAUAUGAUUUUGGCUCCAAAGGCCAUCGUGAGUAACAGAUGUCCUGUCCGUAACAGUUUGGAAACGCAUACAAUGUGGUGGUUUUCCUUUCAGAUGUCUCUGUGGAGGAAGGGAGUGAUCACGGGCCAGGGAAUGCCAACGUCACAGAGAAGACUGCUUUCUACAUUCGCCAGUUCCAGGUGUGACUGAAGUGUUAAAGUAUACAGGAUGUGACCUUGGGUAGAUUCUAGAUUAUUCUGUUCUAAUAAAUUAGGAAUGAAGUCAGAAUACUAUCGCCGUAGCCUGAGAGCCAGACUGUUCCCCCGCAGUGUUAAUUUUGUCAACAACAGUGACAAAAGUAUUUGUCAAACACCUAUUUUUCAGUGGCAAUUGACAAGACUAUAAAUGACUAAAUAGACACAGAAAAAACUAUAACAAAACAUUUCAGUUUACUAAGACGAGACUAAAUUAUUUCAGACAACAUUCUGACAACUAAGUGGACUGGACAAGAGUUUUUGCAUAGAUUGGGAGCUUUUCAGUGAUGAGCACAAUUAAUAUUAGCAGCAUAGAUGCUCAGCGCAGUUCUGUUCAGCAGUGGGAAGGACGCGCCACACCCGGCACACACAGCCUACAUCAGCUGGUGAGCUGCAGGGAGCAAGCAAUGAGUGUGGGCAAACAGGCUCCGCUCCAGCUCUGAUUAUACACGUCGUGCAGGCGACUCUUGCUUCCCGGUAGCUAACCAGUCACCACCAGCCUUCUAGUUAGCUACCCUUUGCCUGGUUAAGAAACACAAGCUGCUUUACGAAAUUAAAAACAAUAGCAGCAUUGAGUUAAAUAGUAAAACAACAGUCUAGCUAUGUUUUUCUCUCCCUUGAGUUUAGAAAAGUAGGCGGUCUUUGAAUUUGUAGUCUCACUCAACCCUCCCACUUUUCCCACAGCAUUUCAUAGCCAGGUUCUGUAGCCAAGUCUCCCUCUUUCCCCAGGAAACGUCUUGAGACAUUACCGCUCAAAAUAAAUUACCCAUAAUACCGGCACAACAUUUAUUUAUUUAUAUUGUGCAUUGGUGAGCUGCAUUUUAUAUUAAUAAAGCAUAUCGCAGACCAUUCUAAAACUAUGCUAUUUGCGGACCGGACCGUUAACCAUUUGUUUAGGCUACACCUUGUUCAGUCAUGUUACUUCAUUAGCUAGCUAUAUUGCAUCCUGCGUUUAGCAAACAUGCCUCUGACAUGUUGAAAAAGGAAUAACGUUGGCUCUAUUCAUGGAAUUUCUGUCUGCAAAGUUCGAGAACGUGGCACAGAAAAAAAGGAAAGGGGAUAGCAAACAUUUUAUUGACUAAAUUCAUCUUGCCACUACACUAUAUCUGACCGGGUAAAUAACUUUAUUUUGAGUUAAUGCUGACCCAGUGACUCAGACUUGAGCACUUGGACUAGGACCCGAGCACUGGGUCUCGGACUUCAGCCAUAGGGACUCGUGACUCGGACUUGGACUCUGACUCGAGCACAGGGGACUUGGGACUCGUUUCGAACUCGAGGUUUAGUGACUCGACUGCAUGACUGGGCGAAACAGUCAUUAGCUCCUGUUCUACUUCUGGACAUGAAUGUGUCUGCAGCGUCUGUGGAACAUUGAUAACAAUGGCAAUGACACGACCGACUGACGGAGGUGCAACCCAUACUACUUUGCCAAUACUUUGUGGCACCAUCUGGUGGUGAUUUUGCUUCUCGCUCUCUGCGCUUGUGUGUGUUUGUUUUGAAUGUAAUGUGCAAUAUCUAUGUAGGCUGAAUUAGUCAUUUACAUGGCCAGAUAAUUAUUAUAUAUCCCUAUAUAUGUUGUCAUAUUUCUGCUGUUGGGAAGAGAAUAGAAUGUAAUGCAUAAAAAUAUGCUGGUAGGACAAGGGUAUGUUUGUGCACAUGGAAGUCAGUGAUUUUAAUGAGGCAAUACAAAUGUGAUGUGACUAAAAUGAAAGGGCAUUUACAAAAAUGUGACUAAAACUUAAUUAUAUUUUAGUAAAAUGAUUAAGACUAGACUAAAUCUAAAAAAGAGUGUCAAAAUUAACACUGUUCCCCUGUCCAUCCACAGAGGGCACUGUUCACCCAGCUGAGUAGAGGGGAGGAGGACUUCAACAGCAAGGAGGCUCAACUCCUGGUCAACAUCCUGAGUGUGCUCUCACGCCAGCUAGAACCCUCCUCCCAGCAGGUAGGCACCCUCCCAAGUGCACUUCAUAGAGCCAGUGAGGACUGAUGAGUGGGCUAGGCCUCUUGCUCACUUUCUCUCUCUCUUGCUCUCUCUCUUGCUCUCUCCCAGUUUGUUCAAAUGAUCACCUGGACUGUGAAAAUCUGCAAGGAGACCAGCUUUGGUGAGUAAAUGGCAACAGUCAAGGUAAAGUGUUGCAGUUUUGGACCCUAGGCCCAGGGCUGCGUGAUAAGGGCAAAGAAUCUAAUUGCCGGUUGUUGUUUUUUUUACCAACUAGUGUGAUUUUACUUGCGAUUUAGAUCAAAACCCUUUGGUGAACUGUUGGAACCAUAUAAAUAAAAUGUGUAUUCCGAUUCUAUGGUUGGUGUUGUUUGGCAUGACAACUAAUGAAAAGGCCAGUUACAGUAGAAGUUGUAGGAAACAAAGUGUUGGUCAGAGUUUCUCAGGGGACCCUUAUUAAAUUUGAAUGUUACACUCAUGGUGUUAAAAAAAAUAAUCGCAGCCUCUAGCGAUAUGGAUAUUGCACAUGUCAAUAUUGCAAUUUCGAUUAAAAUGGUUUUAAAACCCUGCAGAUUUGGACUGAACUGACACAAUAUAGCCAUUUGAAUUCUGUCACAACAUACGCCUGAGCUUUUGUUCCCAAGAAUCAGUUUGGCAUUAAUGCUGCUAAGAGUUCUUUAUUUAAUAGAAAGGGAAGUGGUUAUGUGUCUCAUUUUUCCUCCCUCUCUUUCUUUUCCUCACUCACUCCCUCCCUCUUUAUUUAUCUUCCUCCCUCCCUCAAUCUUUCGCUCGCUCGCUCGCUCCCCCCCUCCCUCCCUCCUUCCCGCUUUCUUUCUUUCCUUCCCUCCCUCCCUCCUUCCCUCCCUUUCUCCUUCCCUCCCUCCCUCCCUCCAGAGGACGUAACAUUCAGUAAAGGCCUGCUCUCCCUGCUCUUCAGUCUGCACGUGCUCUACAAGAGUCCUGUCAGUCUGCUGUGGGAGCUUUGUCAAGACAUACACAGUCAGCUGGGAGACAUCGACCAGGUACCGACUGCUACAGACUGCUACAGGCAAUCUCACUGACAACAGCCUUCAGACGGUCAUAGUAUUUGACCCAAAACAAUAGCUCAUUAUGAUCAGAGAGAAAAUGUCAGUGCUGUUUUAACUUUAACUGUUUGUGAGCUACUAUAGCCUUACUGCAGGGUUUGGGUCAAUUUAAAUUCCGUUAAUUCAGGAAGUAAACUGAAAUUCAAUUUCUUGCUGAAUUGACCACAAUCCUGCCUUACUGUAGCCGUACUGUUGUGGUUUUAUUAUCCAAUAACAGGAUGUGGAAGUGGAGAAGCAGUCUCACUUUUCCAUCGUCAACAUGAAGACCGCUGCACCGACAACAGUGAGUGGCGCUUACCUACCUGCCUUUUAAACUGCAAAGUGUUAUUGUGUCUCACCCUUCCUACCUAAUCGACCCCCAGCUCCUUACCCCUAGGCACGACCCCCAGCUCCUUACCCCUAGGCACGACCCCCAGCUCCUUACCCCUAGGCACGACCCCCAGCUCCUUACCCCUAGGCACGUGUAGAUCUACAAUUAAAUUAUUGGUGUUAACUUUACAGUAUUAUGUCCAUUUAGCUUUUGGAAUGCUAGGCAGGAUUUUAGACACAGUUUUUAUACCUAUCCCAUUCUUCAAGAUCUACAAGACGUACCUUAGCACGUUUCUCACACUGGCUUUAGCCACGGAGGGAGCAGGCCCCUCGGAGGGUCUGCAUUGCGUGACAAAUUCCCAUGAUUUGUGAAUCUGUUCGGACCAAUCACCUAGCACGACAGCUAAAAUGGAUUUGAAAAAGCAAGAUUUCAGUUAAUAGAGAGAAGUAUUUAACAAAAUAACUACAUUAUGGCAUUCACUAAUCACAAAACUAUAUACAGUGCAUUCAGAAAGUAUUCAGACCCCUUGACUUUUUCCACAUUUUGUUACAUUACAGCCUUAUUCUAAAAUUGAUACAAUUGUUUUUUCCCCUCAUCAAUCUACCCCAUAAUGACAAAGCAAAAACAGGUUUUUAGAAAUGUGUGCAAAUUUAUUAAAAAUUCAAAACUGAAAUAUUACAUUUACAUAAGUAUUCAGACCCUUUACUCAGUACUUUGUUGAAGCACCUUUGGGUUCUUGGUCACCUCCCUGACCAAGACCCUUCUCCCCAUAUUGCUUAAUUUGUCUGGCGGUUGUUCCAAACUUCUUCCGUUUAAGAAUGAUGGAGGCCACUGUGUUCUUGGGGACCUUCAAUGCUGCAGACAUGUUUUGGUACCCAUCCCCAGAUCUGUGCCUCGACACAAUCCUGUCUCAGAGUUCUACGGACAAUUCCUUCGACCUCAUGGCUUGGUUUUUGCUCUGACAUGCACUGUCAACUGUGGGACCUUAUAUAGACAGGUGUGUGCUUUUCCAAAUCAUGUCCAAUCAAUUGAAUUUACCAAAGGUGGACUCUAAUCAAGUUGUGGAAACAUCUCAAUGAUGAUCAAUGGAAACAGGAUGCACCUGAGCUCAAGCAUCGCAAAGGGUCUGAAUACUUAUGUAAAUAAGGUAUUUCUGUUUUUUAUUUUUAAUACAUUUGCUAAAAUAUCUGUAAACCUGUUUUUGCUUUGUCAUUAUGGGGUAUUGUCUGUAGAUUGAUGAAGAACAUUUUAUUUUAGCCAUUUUAGAAUAAGGCUGUAACGUGGAAAAAGUGAAGGGGUCUGAAUACUUUCCGAAUGCACUGUAUAGUAUACAUUUCGGUACAUUUGUGGACAAAAUUCUUACUUACUUAACCUUUUAAUGUCCUAUUUCUCUUAUUUCAGCUCUUGGUGCUGUCUCAGGUGGGGAAAGUAUUGGAUGAGGUGGACUGGCUGAUCACCAAGAAGAAAGGCCAGUUGGUCCCUGACAAGCUCAGCUCUGGUAUGGUACACACACAGCAUGACUAGUCCUCAACUGGGAAGGAUGAGUUGCAGGGGAGAGGAUAUCUCUAUAUGUGUAACCUGUAUGUGAAUGUGUUAAUUGCCCCAGUCUGUCUUUCUGUCCGUCCCUGUCCUCUGUGCGCACACGCAUGCACCAUCUUUGUCCUUCAUCUUCGUGUGUGUCCAGGUGAUGCCACCCAGGCUGCGGGUCAGCAGGACCCAGUGGAGAAGGCGCUGACGCUGCAGCUGGGGACCCUCCUGACGGCCCUGAACGAGCUGAUCCAGACUGCCCUGCCCUCUGGGGUCUGCACCAACACACUGCUGGGAGAGCUGAGCCGCACAUACACCAUCCUCACCACCCUGGUCAAAUAUGUAAGUCUGACUUAUCUAUACCCACAUACACCAUCCUCACCACCCUGGUCAAAUAUGUAAGUCUGACUUAUCUAUACCCACAUACACCAUCCUCACCACCCUGGUCAAAUAUGUAAGUCUGACUUAUCUAUACCCACAUACACCAUCCUCACCACCCUGGUCAAAUAUGUAAGUCUGACUUAUCUAUACCCACAUACACCAUCCUCACCACCCUGGUCAAAUAUGUAAGUCUGACUUAUCUAUACCCACAUACACCAUCCUCACCACCCUGGUCAAAUAUGUAAGUCUGACUUAUCUAUACCCACAUACACCAUCCUCACCACCCUGGUCAAAUACGUAAGUCUGACUUUACUAUACCUACCUACUAUAUCCCCUCUAAAAUGAAUGACCCAAUACUUAUUCUUUGCAGUAUAUCCAACUGUGCUCAGGCCAGCAGAGCCUGCUCCCAGCACGCCUGGAGAAGCUGGUGAGUCUGCAGCAUUGCUCUCAAUGUACACUACUGGAUUACCUGUCCUAUGAGCCCCAGGUGUGUGCACCCCCCCCUUCCACUAAAAUCCCUAAUACCCCUGUAUUUCCAGGUCAAGCUGUCCGGCUCUCACUUGACUCCACAGUGCUACUCCUUCAUCACCUACGUGCAGGUAUAGCCUCAUGUUGACGAAAUCUAGCCUCUCCACUGGCCAUUGUCUGCCAGCAGGUGGCAUCGUUUGUUUCUAUGCCCUCGACAUUUGACAGUAUGGGCAAGAUUUACUAAGUGUCUGCACCUGUUUUUUCAGCAAGGGAUAGACUUUCACCUGGUGCAAAUGCUAAUAAAACCUUUCUUGUUGACACUGUCCUCUAGCUUAGAGGCUCUUUCAUGUUGUUGUGACCUUUGACAUUUGUGUUUUCCUACAGAGUGGUGAGCUGGCCGGUGGAGGAGGUGCAGAUGAUAAGAAGAAGAAGAAAAAGGAGGGGGAGACCACUGCUACAGCAUCGGUAAGGAGUUUCUGUUACACACCUUUUAUUUACACUUGCAAAGAAAUCACUUCAACUGAACUUUUGAGCCUUGGUCUAACUAAAACCAUGUGUACUGCUCUCCCAUUCUCAAGGCCAAACUCCUACGUGAGACCAAGGCCAUUCCCAACCUGAUCUACAGUAUAGAGCAGUAUGAGAAAUACCUAAUCACCCUCUCCAAGAAAUCAAAGGUAUGUAUGGGAGUGCUUUGGGAUGGGAGAUUGUCUCAAAUUGAAUUGAUGAGUGUAGCUACUUGUAACCAGACAAAUCAAGAUCUGGAAUUGAAGACACAAUAGCAGAUAUAGAGCUGUAUCGGCACUUCUCAGUAACAGACCAGCUCCAAAACUAACCAAGGCACUGCAUUAUUGUAACUACAAUGAGAUAAACGGGUGUCUGGGUGUUAUUGUUGUGUAGGUUAACCUGAUGCAGUACAUGAAACUGAGCACGUCCAGAGAUUUCCGCAUCAACGCAGCCACUCUGGAGGCAGCGCUGCAGGAGCACGACAACAGUCAGCAGGUGAGCAUCAAACAUACCACUGACACAUAUUGUACAGAUGACGGCGAUCUAAAACUUUGAUUUCGUCUCUUAUUCACUCAGCUCCAUCAUGACCUAUCACACCAAAUUCACUAAUGCUUUAUUAGUCCUGUCCAUACUCCCGCAUUCCAUUGACUCUGAGGUCAAUAACACACAUUCAUAAGUUAUAACUCCAUGGAUCGUUUUUGUGUCUUUCCCAGACCCAAUGGUCUGAGCUGCAGUCAUUCAUUUCUUCAGUGUCUGACACCACAUAUCCAAGUGUGUUUUGAGGAGGAUACACGUGUAAGUGCUGGUUUGUCUCUCCUCUCCCUUUAGACCACAGCCUCCCAGGAGCCAGAGCAGAGCCAGGAGCCCAAGAAGAAGAGGAAGAAGCAGUAA